AACUACCACCACUUCACCUACUCCCAUCCCCCCUCUAGAGCUCGAUACCACAACAUCACCCACUGACGUCCAACCUAUAGAGAUCGACGUACCAUAUACAGAGGCCGACAUGUCUGACAGCCUAGAGGCCGACACUUCUAAUAUUGUUACGACCACGGAAGGAGCUACAUUGGAAUCUCGAAGAACUACUCGUAAAAGGAAAGGUAUUGAUAAAUAUACACCUCCAGCUCAAGUAAAGAAGAAAAGUGUGGAUUCUAGGGUACACGUUUCGUUUGAAAAGGUUAAGUAUCCUCUCCCGGGUGUGCCUACGUCACUAUUCAGAGCGAUUGUCGGGUACAACGUAGCACAUGACGUUCCACUUAAUAUCUUUACAGAAAUGAUGGGCUGGAUCACAAAUGAGAAUCCUGAUAAUGAAGUUCGAAAGAAUUCCUUUAAGCCACUAUCGAAGCAAUUUUUCAAGGAAUUGAUUGAACCGAGUUCGUGGGUUGAAUGCGAUACCAUAAAUUCUUUAUUUCAUUUUAUGAAAAAAAAAAAGUUUAUACCCGACCUGACAUAUGCAUGCACAAGUUCACCAUUUUUCCAAUUGGAGUAACGAGUCACCUUAAUGUUCAUGGGUAUUUAAACAAAUAAAGAAUAAGACGAUACUAAAGGCUGCCCUAGUAUGGGAGGAUGAAGACACGUACAAGGACUAUGUCACUAGUAAAUUCGAUGUCAAAUGGGCAGAUGUGGAUUUCGUGUAUACAACAAUGAGCAUCAGUGAGCACUAGAUGGUCACAUUAACAGAGGCCAUAUAUUCAUGUUCGAUUCACUUCCAUCAUACACACCAAUGACGAAGUUGGGGACUUAGCUGGAGCCAUUGACUGUCACAGUACCACCCCUACUUCACAACUGUGACGUGGAUCGUUCAAAGCCGAACCUAUCCACAUCUCGUUGGAAAAUCACUCGACCUAUGAAUGCAGACAUACAGCACGGGUCGCUUGAUUGUGCAUCUUUGCAAUAAAAUUACUAGAACUUUUGGUGAGCUAGUGUUG